UCCAAGAUAAUGUUUCAAUUUUUUUCUAGGCAGAUGUUUAGUUGGUAUGAUUGGGCGGAUAUGUUGCCAUGAGAACGGUAACAGUUUCUGAUAGUUCAAUAAGGUUGAAUGAAUACACUUUGAAACCUCAAGCGUAACUACUCAGCAGACAUUCUUGUACAUCAUUCCUGAAUACACAUAGAAAAGAAAGCUGAGUGCGAAGAAUGUUUUCUUCGUUUUCAGUGUAACGAAUAUGGUUAGAAGUAAGUAGUUCGCUCAGUCAAAAUGUUGAUAACCGAGACACCUGCUCGACUUUUAUUGUGUUCAGUGCAUUGGGUAUUAACAAGUGUAAUUCAAACAAAUUUUUGGCCCGUUCUGUUCCUAAUAAUGCCCCUAGUCACUGCGGAACUUGUCAAAAAGCGAUCCGAACAUAAUGAAGGGGAGAUAUCAACGUUGGAAGAAUUAUCUCUUCACCAAGAAGAUAUUGAAAAAAUCGAAAAUCUUCAAAAUUGGUGUCGUGAGUUGCGUAUCCUCCUCCUGCAGUCCAAUCUUAUUUCAAAAUUAGAAAAUUUGAAUAAGAUGAAAAGAUUGGAGUAUUUAAACCUUGCUCUUAAUAAUAUAGAGCGCAUAGAAAAUCUAGAGAGAUGUGAAUCAUUAGAAAAACUAGAUUUGACCCUGAACUUCAUUGGAGAACUAACAAGUGUUGCUUCACUGAUAAGCAAUGUACAUCUCCAUACCUUACAUUUAACAGGGAACCCAUGUGCCGAGUUUAGUGGGUACAGAGAUUAUGUGGUAGCAACUUUGCCACAGUUACAAGUUCUUGACUCUGAGCCAAUUUUGAGAUCUGAUCGUAUAAAAGCAAUCCAAAACUACCACAAGACCUCUGAAUUGAUAAUACGACAACAAGAUCAGUAUGCUGCAAAACGAGCAGCUCAAAAGCAAGAACAUCAUGAAAAAAAAUUGAACAGCUGUGAAAUACGACAUUAUGACGAUCCUGAAGAAAUGAAGAAAUAUUGGGAUGAAGUCUGUGACAAUUCUCCUGAGACUCGAAUUGAAAUGGCAAGUUUAAGUAGAAAACAGAAAGCGUAUGACAGACACCAGAAAGGUGAAAAUGAAUAUGGAGAGCAAAAGCGGCCAGUUAAACUUUUUAAAGAUGAUGGGCAGCCUUUGAGCGUUAAUGAGCCUCGGGUUCCAUUUACACUGUCGGAGAAUGACACUAAUAAUUGUUUAGUUCUUACCAUUGAAGUGUACAGACACCUGGAUAUAUCACACAUCGAUGCUAAUGUUGAGCCUAGUUACGUAAGAGUUACCAUAAAAGGGAAAAUAUUUCAAAUAGUAUUGCCAGAAGCUGUGCAUCCAGAUAAGUCAACAGCUCAACGCUCACAGACCACAGGACACCUCGUAAUAAGCAUGCCCAUGGUUAAAGAAGUUAAAUGCACUGAUAAAAGUCUUUCUAAAACUGAAAAGACUUCAAAAACAUCCCUUCUACCUUCAGGAACAAACUCAAAGAGAGAGUACCUAGAAAUCGGAAGAGGAGAAACUUCAAUGGAUUUUAGUCGCAUUGGAGAAAUGUUACCGAAACAAAUGACUGGCAGUUGCCUCCUUGAUGGUGUGAACAAAGUGAGGCAAAUUCAUGAAAAGCCAGUAUCGGACCUCUUUCAAGAAAAUACAGAAGUACCACCUCUAGAGUAAGACAGGAUAAAGAAAUAC